AUGGGUGGCGAGUUACGAUACGAGAUCGCACAGAAUGCCUACAUAAAGCUGGUUAUGCACGCUCUCAAGCACAAGAGCUCCGCCGUCAACGCCGUCCUCCUCGGCCGCGUCUCCUCCCAAAACGACGCCGUCGAGAUAACGGACUCCGUCCCUCUCUUCCACUCCCAAAUCGGCCUCCUUCCCCAGCUCGAGAUCUCCCUCAUCCUGAUAGAGGAGCACUAUGCUGCUAAAGGAGUGAGCAUUGUGGGCUAUUUUCAUGCCAACGAGAGGUUUGACGAUCACGAGCUCGGCGGCAUUGCCAAGAACAUCGGCGAUCACAUCUAUCGCUACCUUCCUCAAGCCGCAAUUCUUUUGUUAGACAACAGGAAGCUUGAAGCUUUGACAAGAACUAAGGACCGGAGCCCCGUAAUGCAGCUUUACACGAAGGAUGCAUCUAGGAUUUGGAAGUUAAUCGGCUCUGAUGGAAAUCAGUUAACCAUCAAGGAGCCAUCAGCAAAUGUUGUUCUACUGGAUUAUAUCUCAACUGAAAAAUGGCAGGAUGUUGUAGAUUUUGAUGAUCACCUUGAUGACAUUAGCAAAACUGUUCAAGUAAACUUCGCAUUGCUGUCAGCAUAUGUGCUACUCUUCAAAUAUUACAAAUGGCUUCAUGCUCAACUCAGUUUCUCAUGCUGGGUUUCAGAUGACAAGGGAUGA